CGCUUUACGCUUUAAACAAUGUCAACGAUUUUCACCAAUUUGACGUUUUUGUAUCUUCGUAAUUCAGCAUGUCAAAUUUGCACGAAAAUUUUGUGAAAGUGUAUCUAAAGCCGUUAAUUGCAUAUUUAGCAAAACAAUUUUUAUUUAUUGACGAUAUUUGUGAUAUUCUAUAUGCUAUAGUGUGAUAUGAAAUUCGGCAAUUACAGAAAAACCCUAGAUUAGCUUGCGCGUCUCGUAAAAUUCCUAAAAUAGAACUGCAUUAAAUUCAAAAGCAGGAAGAAGAGCGAACCUUGAAGAAAUAAAUAUAAAUUCUUUUCAAGACCAGUAAUAACAUAUCAAUUUGGUAGUAUACUCGAAGAAGCAGCAAAUUUAUUAAUUUACUUAAUUUUUUCUUCAUGGUAAUAAUAGUUUUGUCGAAUCGCAAUGGAUGGAAAUAUAAAUACAACAAAUGACACUUUUGCAACAGAGACAAAGUCAACAAAGAGAAGUAGCUCAAAAGCUAUUUAGAGCGUUUGAUAGGCGAUUGUGUCUACGUGAUUUAACCACAAAAUUUUAUAAAUAUUUGAGAGUGCAAGAGUAAUCCACUAAUCAUAGCAUCAACGGAAGCGUUAUCAGCUAACACACGAGUUAGGGGGUUAAAGUGAAAAUUGUUCUGUCACCGACUCGUAGGAGCGGGUGUAUACUAUGAGCUCUGAUUUAACCCUCACAUCGCUCUAUAUGCUGUAAUCAAUAGGCAUAUAUUCAAGCUAAUGUAAAUAAAUAUUUUGCCAAACAGACUUGUCUUAAGACAAAAAAAACUUGGAAAAGUGUAAUACAAAUACGAUAAAUGCGGCAAAACAGCUGCAAAACUACUUAAAAUAGUUCAACACGUUUUUAUACAAAUGCUAUGACAAAGGGAAAGAGCAGCUGCAAUCGAGGUGCGAGAUAAAGAAGAAAUAGUGCAAAGUGUAAAUCAAAAGACAUAUCCACUACUGAAAGUAAGGUCCCUGUCAAGGUUAAAUUGAAGGCAUACACUCUUUGGAGGUCAAAGAAGAAUAGUAUUUCAGGUUUUAACAAGUGUAUAUAUGAAUGUCAAGUUGAAAAGUUUAUUUUAAACGAUCACCUCAACAUAAAAUCGAAAGUUGACAUUGUUAAAGCUCAAUUAUUAAAAAAUGGAAAAAUUUCCACAGUGUGCCAUUUGCGGUACAACGCAGCAAUUGUUGCGUUGCGCCAAAUGUAAGUCGAUUUUUUACUGUUCCACGGCACAUCAGCAUAUGGACUGGCCCAUGCAUAAACAGUCUUGCCGCAUGUUAGCCAAACAAAGGAAUGAAAAUCGCAUGCAACAUCUGCAACAGGCUGUUGCUGCUACCACACUUAGCAAUACAAUUGCGCCACCAAUGGCCACAACAAGCAACGGUGUCGAUGCUGGUCACCAUCGCUGGACAACACCCACAAAUGAUAUGGCUAUUAUAGGUUUUGGACUACUUGGCGGUAACGAAAGUGCUGAAGUUGAUCCGAGUAUACUAACUGCAGUGCCACCCAUGGCUGUGAUGAUGGGCAGCAAUGACAAUGGCGUUGCAUACAAUCAGUCAAAUGGUUUGGCUAACGAAACAAAUCCCAACCAAAUAUUAGAUACUGGUGGUACAGUGACCGGUGCUGGUAUUAUGCAAAACAAUACGUCAUUAUGCAUGCAACCGCAAUAUCACCAUGUAGAUCAACGUUUGCUAUCGCCGCAAUACCAUCAACAACAACAGCAGCUAAUGCAACAACAGUUGCAUUGUCAACAAAUCUCGUCAUCGCAUACACCAUAUACAGCUAAUCUUACCAACCAUAAUACGCAUCAUCAUUAUGAGAAAAGUAUCAGCUGUCAAGUUGGAAGUGGUGGUGGCGUGGACGAAAACGCUUUUGGAAAUGCAAACGAGCGCCGUUAUGACGAAUUAUGUCGAAAUAUUAUCAGCGACAUGAAUCAGUACGGUUUGUCGGUGGUCGAUGAUUUUCUGGGUGUUGAAAAGGGCCUGCAGAUUCUCAAUGAAGUGCAUCGCAUGUACUCAGCUGGUGUCUUCAAAGACGGUCAACUGGUGAAUAAUUUGCGAGAGGAAGAGCUGCGCACAAUACGUGGCGAUAAGAUAACGUGGGUUAAGGGCGUAGAACCAGGCUGUGCAAAUGUUGGCUAUUUGAUAAAUCAGAUUGACGCGGUCAUUUGUCGGGCAAACACAAUGAAGAACAAUGGCCAAUUGGGCAACUAUAAUAUUAAAGAGAGAACAAAGGCUAUGGUGGCAUGCUACCCGGGUUCCGGCUCGCAUUAUGUGGUGCAUGUCGAUAAUCCGAACAAAGAUGGUCGUGUUAUAACGGCUAUUUACUAUUUGAAUGUUAAUUGGGAUACGGAGCGCAGUGGCGGCGUUUUACGAAUUUUCCCAGAGCACGGUAAUUCAGUUGCUGAUAUCGAGCCGAAAUUCGAUCGUCUGAUCUUUUUCUGGUCCGAUCGGCGUAAUCCUCACGAAGUACAACCCUCCCAUCGCACACGCUACGCCAUCACUGUAUGGUAUUUCGAUGCGAAUGAACGCGAAGCGGCGCUGAAUCGUAUUAAAAACAAUAAAAAUAAUGCCAAAUCAACAACAAACACAACAACAACAAAUGCAAAUACAACAGCGAGGGCGUCGGCGCCUACGAAUAUGCACGACAACUCGAGCACAACGCACACAAGUCCGCAAUUGAACACCAGCAAUGCGUCGGCGGCGACAAUAGCAACAACAACAACAGCGCCAACAACGCCAACAACAACGCCAACAAUGCCAACACCUGCAAAUAUCAAAAUGGUGGCGAAUUCGAAUGCGUCCAUAAACAACAGUAAAUGUGCGAGUAUAAACAACGCGACGACGAAUAUCGGCGAGCACCAUCUUACGAACAGCAACAGUGCGGUACUUGCGAAUUCGAGUGAAAUUUGUACGUAACACCGCAAACAGCUGUUGUUGAUGUUGUUGUAAAGAGAAAAAGCUGGUCUGUGUGUUGUAGCGUGCGUGUUUCGUGCGUUUGUGUUUUUUUAUUUUGGUUUUAUAAGUUUUUGUUAUUUUUUCGAUAUUUUUGUUGUGUUGACCGACCACUUAAGCGUGGACCAAAGGCAAGCAACAAUUUUAUUUUUGCUUAAUGCUUGUUAAUUUUUGUGCGGAAAUACUGUAAAUGCACAGGAGCGUAGAAACAGAACAAUAACCAAUUGGAAAUGCAAAAAAUAUUAUUAAAAAUUAUGAAAUUUGUAUAGCUAGAAGUAUUAUAUAUACGAAUGCAAUGUAAAUAUAUAUUUAAUAUAAUUCACUAGAACAAAGCUCUGUGUGGCGUUAUAGCUUAAGUGAAAAGAAAGCUGAAUGAAAUAUUUAUAUUACAUUUGUGUAUUAUCUAUACAUACAUAUGUACGCACAUACAUACAUACGGUAUAUAUACGUAUAAAAUGCAUGCAAACAUCUGCGCCUAUUUCUAAAUUGUGAUAAAAGCGAAGAAAAGAUGUGAGAAUGCAUUUGAGUGGUGUGAAACGCUGUAAAGUCGCAAACUAAAUGACAGUGUACCUACAGCUGUGUGUUAUAAAUUAGAUUUUUUUUUAUAAAAACUAGUGACCAGUUGCCAGUUGUUGGUUGGUGUGGUUUGUGAGCUUUCUGUAUGUAAACACAUACAAAUUAGUUAUAGUAUUGCGCGUUAAAGAAAUUUCUACACAAAAAGCAGUUGCAUGCAUGCAUAUUCAUACAUAUGUAUAGCUACACAUAUUAGGGUGUCCGUUAUUUUACAAGUUGUUUUUUUGCAAACGCCCUCUAAUGUUUUAGUUUUUACCCUAAACGCAGUGCCACCAAAUGUACUGUUUUCAUAUAGUACACCUUGCCGUAUGAGUAACACAGAAUCCAUAAAUGUACUUGUAUGAAUGCUCAGGUCAUUUGAUGUAUUACUCGAACUGCGUAUGACUUUUACAGGAAUGUUUUUAUUUAAAAAACUUUAUGACCUUUUUUGUAGAGUAGAAAAUGUGGCAUUAGAGUAUCAUUCAAUAUUGUAGAUUUAUUAUCUUAAUGCGAAAUAUCAAAAAAUGUUAUUUACGAGGAAAAAGAUUGAGCUACGGUUUAAAUUAAAAAUAAAGAGCUGGUUAACGUUGGAUCCUUAUUUUUUGGGUCAAAAACUGAAACUUCUGAGGCCGUUUGCAAAAAAACAUUCAACUUGGGAAUAACAGUUACCCUAAUAUAUCUGUAUGUAUGUGUUUAUUUUUGUGCUCUUCAUACAUAUGUUUGUACAUAAAUGCACUUGCAAAUACCGUUCUAUAAAAAAUUUGUCAAAGCUUUAAACACAUUUGCAAUGAAAAGUCACUUAUCAAGUCAAAAUAAGGGCAAAAAUCGUUUAUAAUUACAAUAAUGAGCUAUUUAGAAUUUUAUUUUAGGCGCUAAACGUAAGUUUAUGGAUAUGUACAUAUGUAACUGGUUUUGCUAAUUAUUUGAGCAAAUAAUUUUGUGCUGAUAAUAACAAUUGACAUAUUCGCUUAGUAAAAAUCUAUUUUUUUUUAGUAUUUCAAAAUUUGAUUGCAACUCACACAAAUACACAUACAUUAUUAAUGUCUACGUGCACAAUGGCAUGCAAGCAAAAGUCAAAUAGCAGCUAGCAAAGCGAAAAUUAGCAACAAUUAAACGUAAUGCAAUAAGCUAAUUGAGUAAUUAAAUAUAAAUAACAGAUGUACAUACACACAUAUGUAUGUACUAAUGAGCACGCAUCAAUAUUUGUUUGUGGUUGUGUGUGUUUGUGUGCAAAUGUAAAAAGUAUAUGCUAAGCGUGUUUUAGAAAUGUCAAGUAAUAGCAGAAGAUGUUUGUUAUAUACUAAAAAUAUUUUUUUAAUUUAUAAUAUUCAUAGAACACAUAGAUAUAUGUAUAUAUUGACAUAUAUAGAGCUACUUCUAUUUGCAUAAAACAAUUCGACUACUAAACUUAGUUACCUUGUAUUAUAUAUAAUUUAGUAUGUUGUUACAUACAUACUUACAUACAUACAUAAAUAAAACCUAUUAAAGCCUGUGAAAAGCAAAAUAGUUACAUAACAAAUAUGUAAAAAAAAAAAAAUAAAACCAAAUUUAUUUGCUAAAA